AUGUCUGCUCCUGAAGUGGACGAAAUAAACAAAAUCAGAAAGUCUCUGGGGCUUCCGCUUCUGCCCUCCGCCACUGCGCCGACCGAAGAGCAAGGUCCCAAAUUCAAGGACGCCUCCGAUAGUGACAGCGACGAUGAGCCAGCUUCUACGCUCGAUACUCGUGAAGCCGCGGGCUAUGACAACUUCAAGAAGCUGCAGGAUGAGAAGCGCCGAGUGAUUGAACGCGAGAAGAAGAAAGCAGCCAUCCAGAAGGCACGAGAUGCUGCGGCUCGAUCUGCAAAGCUUGAGGGCAAGGGCCUCGGUGAUCUUGGAGAUGAAGACGAUGUGGAUGCAAAGAGUUGGCUGAAGGGCAGCAAGAAGAGGCAGCUGGCCAUCGAGAAACAGCGCGCACAGCAACUCGCUAGAGAAUUGGCAGAGAGAGAAGAGCAGGCUCGCAUUCAGUACAGCUCAAAAGACCUCGCAGGCGUUCGAGUCGCGCAUGAGGUUGGUGACUUCGAGGAUGCCGAAGGCGAGCAGAUCCUGACCCUCCAAGAUACGGAGAUUGGGAAAGGCGAUGAUAGUGAUGAUGAGGACGUGCUGGAGAAUGCCGAUCUCGUGGCUAAAGACAAACUUCAAGAGAAACUCGACCUCAAGAAGAAGAGAGCCGCCUACGAUGUACACGAAGAGGGUGAUAAAGGUCUGCUGAGCCAGUACGACGAGAAGAAGAGGAAAGCUUUCACCCUGGAUGAAGCAGGCACCGGCAUUCAGGAGCGCGAAACAAAACGCCAGGCCAUCGGCGAUAAGCUCAAGAACACCGUCAGCCUCGAUAUUUUCAAGCCAGAGCCAGUGUCGGACUAUUUGGAGAUCAAGAUGAAGAAGCCCAAGAAGUCUAAGAAGAAAUCGACCCGCAAAAGGGAGGCCGACGAGGAUGAUAUCUUUCCUAUCAAUGGCAAUGCUAACGACUCCAUGGAUAUAGACGUUCCAAGGACCGCCCCGACUCAGAGGAAGGCUGCUGAGUCCGAAUUUAAUGAUGAUGAAGACCUGUCUCAGGCCCUCGCGUUCAGUCGCAGAGCAGCCCUCAAGAAGCAAAAGCGAAAACCCGAAGACAUUAUCAAGCAGUUACGCGAGGAGGAGCAAGAGGACGAAGGUGGAACAGGGGGAGGUUUCGCAACACCCACUCCAGAGGAAGGUAGUCUGACGCUAGACGACACUACUAACUUCCUCGAUAAUCUCAACUCUCGUCCUCGCUCUGAAUCUCCUAAGCCGCGCGGCCGCAAUGCUACCUCUGAACCUGCUCGAGACUCACCAAGACCGGCUGAAGAUGAAGAUACAGAUCAUCCAAUGGCCGAGGUGUCUAUCGAAGAUGAGGCAGAUGAAGCUGCGUUGCUUGAAGCGGCCCGACGCCAGCAGUCAUCCACGCAGGACAGCCCACACAUCGGAUUCGGUGAAGAGGAGGACGUUGAGCAAGGUCUUGGCGCGACCUUGAAGCUACUACGUGAACGAGGCGCGCUGGACGCCGAGAAGGCGGCCUCCGAUCGUAACGCUCUUCUCAAGGAGCGUCAGAGCUUCAUCAUUGAAGCCCGGCUGCGGGAACAUGACAACGAGCAGCGAGCUCGUGCCCAGCGCGAGCGUGACCGUACCUCCGGACGUCUCACGCAGAUGUCAGCGAAGGAGCGCGAGGAGCAUGCCCGCUGGCAGAAUACACAGCGUGAGCACCAGAGCAGCAUCGAGGCGGCCAGACAGUUCAACGAGCAUUAUAAGCCGGACGUUAACCUCAAGUACGUGGAUGACGAAGGACGGGUGAUGGACAGAAAGGAGGCGUUCAAGCAUUUGAGCCACAUGUUUCACGGCAAAGGGAGCGGAAAGGGGAAGACAGAGAAGAAGAUCAAGAAGCGAGAACAGGAGCGCGAACAAAUGGCCCGGGGGGUCUUGGAUUCGAGUGCUGGCUCCGGUCGUGCUGGCGUGGAGGUCGGAAAGAAGAGGGGUGAGGCUGGUGUCAGACUUGGUUGA